AUGGCAGCGUGCAGAGCUUUCGGUAGAUUAUUGGUGCACAAAAGUACUGGUGUGCGCCAUUGUUAUACAGCAACCCGCUCACAUUUAUUAAUUGGUAAUGACACAAAACUUAUCUGCCAGGGGUUGACUGGCAAACAAGGAACCUUUCACAGUGAACAAUGUCUUCAAUAUGGUACUAAACUCGUUGGAGGAGUUUCUCCUGCCAAAGCAGGAUCCACUCAUUUGGGUGUCCCUGUUUUUGCCACAGUCAAGGAAGCUCGAGAGAAAACUGGUGCCAAUGCUUCCGUGAUAUUUGUACCGCCUCCUUUUGCUGCUAAAGCUAUUAUUGAGGCUGUUGAUGCAGAAAUCCCUUUGGUUGUGUGCAUUACAGAAGGCAUUCCACAGCAAGAUAUGGUCAAAGUGAAAAGAAAGCUCACUGAACAGAAUAAAACACGACUUAUUGGCCCAAACUGUCCCGGAAUCAUCAAGCCUGGAGAAUGUAAAAUAGGCAUUAUGCCUGGCCAUAUACACCAACCAGGUAACAUAGGUAUUGUUUCACGUUCUGGAACCUUAACAUAUGAAGCUGUUCACCAGACAACUUUGGUGGGUCUUGGCCAGACUUUAUGCGUGGGAAUUGGUGGAGAUCCUUUCAAUGGAACAGAUUUCAUUGAUUGUUUAGAAGUCUUCCUUCAGGAUCCAAAGACUAAAGGAAUUGUUCUUAUUGGGGAAAUUGGUGGCAAUGCAGAAGAGAAUGCUGCUAGUUACCUGAAAAAACACAAUAUGGGUCCCAAUGCUAAACCUGUCGUAUCUUUUAUUGCUGGCCUGACUGCACCACCUGGUCGGCGUAUGGGUCAUGCUGGAGCUAUUAUUGCCGGAGGUAAGGGAGGUGCCAAUGAAAAAAUUGAAGCACUACGUGAGGCUGGAGUCCACGUUACACCUUCACCUGCCCAGAUGGGAUCUACUAUGGUUAAGGCAAUGCAAAGUCACCUUUGA